CCGGCGCCGGCGCCGUUGCCACGACGAUGGAGCUCCCGGCAUGCGUCGCAGCGGCGGGCUCAUGGCGCCGGGGGCGCGGCCGCUGCUGCUGCUAGCGGUGUGGACGCUGGCGGCUCUGGCCCGGCGCGGCUCCGGGGAAGCGGGCGAUGGAGGGUGUGAGGCGGCGGAGGAGCAGCGCUGCGCGGUGGAGCGUCGGGCCGACCUCAGCUACUCCGAGUUCGUGCAGCACUACGCCUUCUCCAGACCCGUCAUCCUGCAGGGGCUCACAGACAACUCGAGGUUCCGGGCCCUCUGCUCCCGAGAAAGGCUACUGGCCUCGUUUGGGGACACCGUGGUUCGGCUGAGCACUGCCAAUACCUACUCCUACCGGAAAGUGGACCUGCCCUUCCAGGAGUAUGUGGAGCACUUGUUGCAUCCCCAGGACCCUACCUCCUUGGGCAACGACACCUUGUAUUUCUUUGGGGACAACAAUUUCAGCGAGUGGGCAUCGCUGUUUCAGCACUACUCUCCACCACCAUUUAGCCUUUUGGGUACCACUAUUGCUUACAGCUUUGGAAUUGCAGGAGCUGGUUCUGGGGUGCCCUUCCACUGGCAUGGGCCCGGGUUCUCAGAGGUCAUCUACGGCCGCAAGCGCUGGUUCCUAUACCCCCCUGAGAAAACACCAGAGUUCCAUCCCAACAAAACCACACUGACCUGGCUUCAGGACACGUACCCAACCCUGGCACCAUCUGCGAGGCCCCUGGAGUGCACCGUCCAGGCUGGGGAGGUGCUGUAUUUCCCUGACCGGUGGUGGCAUGCCACACUCAAUCUGGACACCAGUGUCUUCAUCUCUACCUUCCUCGGCUAGCCAGAGUGGGCGGCUGGUAGUCCGGGAUGUCUCGCUUCUGCAGCACAUGCGGUGAGGUCAGGCACCAGGGUGGAGACACUGCUCCAGUUCCUGCUACCCAGAGGAUAGACACCUUACCUUUCUCUUCUCAUCCACCUGGGAGAAAAGCUCAUCCAUGUCUGCUAAGUACUUGUCCUGUGAAGAACCAGGCAGCUACGCGUGGGCCGGAUGCCCCAUCCCCCUUCCCCCAGCACAGGCACGGGCACCCUCCCAUCACAGGCACACAAACACGCACACAUCCACACGUGGGCUGGGGCACCCUCACGUGCUUGGCCUCGAUGCAGGCCUGCUGGGCCCGGAUGUGGCCAUCGUCCUCAUCACCCUCAUGGUUCCGCUGGCAUUCUUCUAGCUCCCUGGGGGUCGACCAGGAGCCAAUCAGAAAUGGGUCUGGCCAGAAGAGGUCACACUCCACCCCAACCUUGGGCUCGUUCAGGUCUUGCUUCCCUCCAUCUCCUGCUCGCCAGUGUUGGCCUUCAAUAAACACCUGUGUUCUUGACUCAGA